CAAUACGGAAGAAUGCAAGGAAGUAAAAUAGUGCAUCGUUACGUUGAAGCGUAGAGAUGUUUUAAGAGAACAGCAAAGAAAUUAUACCGCUUCCAUUAAUUACCAGAAUGUCAUCCAGUGAGAGCGAGGAGACCAAUGAAGCAGGGCCUCCCCAAAAAGAAACCGAGACAAAUGGCAGAAGAGAACGCAGUUCUAACAAGAAUCAUCACAAUGGCAUCACAGAAGGUCCCCCUGAGCCCAGUGACAACACCACAGCUAAUAACCUCGCUCUGCUUAAAGCCCACUCCAUGGAUGUGAAGUUUGAAGUUGGGGACGAGUAUGACAUUAUUGAGACCAUAGGCACAGGUGCUUAUGGUGUGGUUUCUUCUGCCCGGAGACGAGACAAUGGCCAGCAGGUAGCAAUAAAGAAGAUCCCUAAUGCCUUUGAGGUUGUGACAAAUGCCAAACGCACACUUAGAGAGUUGAAGAUUUUGAAGCACUUCAAACAUGACAACAUCAUUGCUAUUAAAGAUAUUCUACAGCCUGUGAUCCCUCACUCUGCUUUCAAAUCAGUUUAUGUGGUUCUGGAUCUCAUGGAGAGUGACCUGCAUCAGAUUAUUCACUCCCGCCAACCCUUGACCCCAGAACACACGCGCUACUUCCUUUAUCAGCUGUUAAGGGGACUGAAAUACAUUCAUUCAGCUAAUGUAAUUCACCGUGAUCUCAAGCCAUCUAACCUACUGGUCAAUGAAAACUGCGAGCUGAAGAUUGGUGACUUCGGCAUGGCUCGUGGAUUAAGUGCAGCCCACUCAGACGAGUCGCGCUCCUUUAUGACAGAGUAUGUGGCCACCCGCUGGUACCGUGCCCCUGAACUCAUGCUGUCGCUCCACCACUACAGUCUGGCCAUCGACCUUUGGUCUGUAGGCUGCAUUUUUGGCGAGAUGCUUGGCAGAAGGCAGAUGUUUCCAGGGAAAAACUAUGUUCAUCAACUGCAAUUGAUUCUUUCUGUUUUGGGAACACCGCCAGAGAGUAUAAUAGGGACGAUAAGAUCUGAGCGGGUACGCUCAUACGUGCGGAACCUCCCUUCGAAAGCACCAGAACCCUUUUCUGUGUUGUACCCGCAAACUGAGCCUGCUGCAUUAGACUUGUUGGGUGCCAUGCUUCGCUUUGACCCUCGUGAGAGGAUCAGCACGCGUCAGGCCCUAGAGCACCCCUACCUUACCAAGUACCAUGACCCUGAUGAUGAGCCAGUGUGUGUGCCUGCUUUCGAUUUUGAGUUUGACCGACAGACUAUGGGCAAAGAACAAAUUAAAGAGGCUAUACUUGCAGAAAUCCAGGACUUUCACAAAAAAAAGCAAGUAGUCAGGAAGACCAUCCAAUUUAAGCCAUUGCAAAAUUCUGCUCCUGCAGUGGGUGGCAUUUCCAAUAACAAUAAAGAGUCACAGCAUCUGACAGAUACAGCACACACUCAACUCAACUCCAUUCCCAACUACAAGCCAAAGGACACUACACAAAUUCUAAUUAAUGCAGUUCCUUCAUUUUGUAACCAGUUUGACUCCCAAGCGCCACACCAUGUUGCUCGGAUGGUGCCAUCCUUGACCCAGUCCAUGAGCUGUUCAGAUGUGGACAUGCUAAGUGCAAACUCUGAUGGACAACCAGAAACCAUUGAUCUGACAACACCCACCUCUAACCAGGGCACACCUUUUACUGAACCAGACUGCGCAACGAAAGAGCUCGUUUCUUCAAACAAUAUUUCUCCCAAACACAUGUCCCACCUCAUCUCUAAGGCUCAGUCUGGUUGUUCGCUCUCUCUAACACAGUCCCAAGCUCAGUCACUCUCUCAAACUCUCUCUCGCUCGCUUGAAAAAGGAGGAAAAGCGACAACUGAAGUUACAAAAAAGGAGGGGACAAUUUCAGAAGACACAAAGGCAGCUCUCAAAGCUGUCUUGCUCAAAUCAGCUCUUAGGCAAAAGGCACGAGAUGGAGUCUCUGCAGUGGUCGGUGUAGAUCUAGUCAGAGGAUCUGUUGGGGUUUUUUUCCCUUCCUCCAGCACCUCUGGUCCAGAGCAGAGAAAGCCAAUCACUGCCCAGGAGAGACAAAGAGAGCGGGAGGAAAAGCGAAGAAAGAGGCAGGAGCGCGCAGUGGAGCGAAAGAGGAAGCAAAAGGACAAGGAGAAAAAGGGAGGAAAACAAGCAGAAUCUUUGGGUGGGGUUGUGCUCAGUGAUAAUGACAAGAAGCUAUUAGAACGCUGGGGACGAAUGAUGGACAGCCGAGUAGACAAAUCACAGAUUCCUGAAAGCGGUGGUGGCAAAAUCAGUCAGAAAAAGACAGCCUCCUGUGAAAUCCAGCCAGCAACAGAGAAAACCCUUCACAAGCGGAGCUCAGACAAGGGAGAGUCAGUAACACAGACACAACCCAAUGAGGUGCAGGAUUUCAAGCAACCCCAAAUACUGCCUCAGGUGGGGGGGCAGUGUGUAAAGGCUAGCGCGUUCCAUCCACCUACUGCCAGCAAUACAGUCUCUUUAGGCCCAACUCCGAAUGGAGAUGUGAGAAUAGUUGGAGGAGGUGUUGGUGUGGUCGGGGGUGAAGUAGGUGUAGUCGAUGAAGGGGUGGUAACCACACCAUGUGCCUUUCCCAAAAACCACAUGCUAAAAUCCCACACACCGUUUCUAAGUAUUGGAACAAUGUUUGCUGGACUAGAGUACUGGAUAGGAACGCAGCCAAAUGUGGGGACAGUUCAGCACCAGCAACAAAUACCACAUCAAGCCCAGAAAAAUCUCCAACCUCUAGCUGAGCUCAAUAACCACACUCACACAGGCUUCCCUCAGCAGACUCAAGCUGUCACACACACCCAGUCCCAGUCGGGUCCACACCUUCAGUUGUUACAGAUGGAAAACUUCAUCACUAAGCAUUUAAACCACAGCGUGACUGCCAAAUCACUUCCUAAUCCAGACACUGUCAAUAGAACGCAAGCCUUUGACAAACUUCCCAGUAUAGGAGAACAACAAAAUGGCGCUCAUUUACAGAGCCCUUCAAAACGGCCUCAAGGGGUUACAGCUCAACCCUGCCUUAGCCUCACGGACACUGGCCAGCCAGCAAACAGCGUCCCUGAUAUUCAUACUGUUACACAGCAGCUCUCGAAAUCACAGGUUGAGGACAUUCUGCCCCCAGUUUUUUCAGUCACUCCCAAAGGCAGUGGAGCAGGAUAUGGUGUAGGCUUUGACCUGGAUGAACUUCUCAAUCAGUCUUUUACUGAGCUGCAGCCCUCUGAUCUCAGAGAAAGUCACAAUGACAUGGCCCCCCUCUCUGCAUCCCUGCUUUCUGAUUGGCUGGAGGUACACAGCAUGACGCCUGCUGACAUGGAGUCACUUCAACAAGAACUGCAGCUUGGAUCACCAAUGAUCCUUUCUGACAACUCGACACUUACUGAUACUUGAUUCUUCGUU